GGUAAUGGCAGCUGCGUUAUCACUCACUUUUGGAAGAGGCGGAGCAUUAUUAGGAAACCUUCUGUUUGGUUUUCUGAUAGACUUGAAUUGUGUGGUGCCCAUUGUGAUUUUCUCCUGCAUGUUAUUGGGAAGCGGGCUUUUAUGUUUGAUGCUGCCAAACACAGGAAAGGGAUCGCUGGAGUAACCAAAAUAUAUAAACUAUUGGGAAUAUUGUAUUGAUGCCGUGUUCAAGGAUCUCAAACACACUGAGUUGACAAUAGUACUGAUUAUCGGUUUUGUUCAAAGCCCUGCCUAAGUAUGUUGUUGAAACUAUAAACUUGACUUUGAUCUGAGUUUACUCAAAGCUAGUUCGCUGAACUAAUAGUAUUGCCUAUUUAAGAUAGUAUAUCUGAUUAUUGAUGAUUCAUUAUAUUCAUGUGAAUGAUAAUAUUUGUUGAAUAAUGUUCACAUGAAAACUUUUUUGUGAGAGUCGAUUUUUGAUCGAUAAUAUUGAACUAUUCUCGGCGAGUCUCAGUUUUUGAAUAUGGUGAAGUAAAUUGAAAUUUUAUCCAACGUAUAUCUGCCGCUGUGCUUAUUGUAUUUGCUUUGGGAAAUAUUCACGUGAUUUUUGUAUCGAAAAAUAAAGUCAUUCCGUGUAUUGUGCAGAAAAACGAUGCGAUAUAUUAGUUCUUUUUUCACUCAGUCGAUAUCCUAUAUUGAGUUUUCAUCAUCAAACCAGAUAAGGGUAGUGAAGUAUGACAAAGAUGAGUUCCGUAGAAUAAUACCCAUAACUUCAAUAAUGAAAAAUAGUAUGUGUCUGCACAUACACAGAAUUUGAAUUCAUUGAAUUAGAAAACAAACUAUUUUUUAUUAUAAACGCAAAGUAACCAGUUGGUCAAGCUCAACAUCUGUUAUACACGGUAUGUCAUUGUGAUAAACAAUAUUGUAUUUGAUUACGUAGGUUAUAGAUGGAGGAGAGCUGCAAUAGUAUGUAUUAUUAGUUUUACAUUGUUUUUAGUACUUUUAUGCUAUUUUUUGUGUCUAUGAAAUUUGCAUGAAGCAGCAUAUUUUUAUAAUGUAACAAUAAUUCGAAUGUAUUGUUUAUGUAAAGAGCAGUGCGAGAAAAUGAGUCAAGAUAGCAUUUCUUUUGGUGACGAAAUAAAAGAUGAUUCUUUGAAUUUUUCUAGUACGGACUUCCAUUGUAUAAUAUGAUACUAAUAUGAUUUGAAAUCUAUG